CCUGUUCAUGGCUCACAAUGUGAUGCCUCUCGACAUUGGAGAACUCACUAUCCAUACGCGAAGCAGCCGGAACUUUCUCCGGGUGCCAAUCGCAGUGCUGUCUUCAGAAACAAGUCCCAUCAUCAUUUCCCAAGCGUCCGAGACCCCGUUAGCAAACAUCCAUCAACCGGCCACCCGUCGCACUGCACCACGGUCGAACGCGCAUCCAAACCUAAUAUGGCAGAACCGGCUCGUCGCUCACUCCGGAAGAGGCAAAGACAACUGUCCAUCUCUUCCACAGAUCCCCCCUCUCUUGUCGAAAAUCCCACCCCAGAUAGACUUUGACGCUAGAGCCUCUCCGAUCUGACGCCCGCCACUUUUCCCUACGCCAGACUUACAUUAGGAUCCGAACCACGGCUCGCUCGGCCGAGUCCCUCCUUUUGGC